UCAAUUUCGUUAUUUACAAAUUUCUCUAAACAGGAAUAAUAUAAUAAUGGCAAAUUUAAUAGUGAAAUUAAUUAUUUUUUUAAUAUAUUUCACUAAUAUAAUUUUCGCUCAAUCAACGCCAGUGGAAUUAACGGGUUUAAACCAUUUUAAUUUAACAACAACAUGUAAAACGUCCAUAGCAUCUCUAGUUGAAGACAGGAGUAUAAAAGAAUGUUUACCAAUGUUCACAAUAAUAACAAGCAUUCCACAACUUUUACCUACAACUCAAAAAGAUCCAGAAUCUAAAAUCGGUUUCUUAGCACAAUUAAUUCGACAAACAUGCUCAUUACCAAAGUGUUCUUCUUCAUUAGUUCAAAGUGUUGCAUUAACAUUACAAGAAAAUUGCUCUCAAGAUUUACUGCAGAAUAAUGUAAUGGCCACAUUGAAUAUAUUAUUAUUUUCACAUUAUAAACCCAUACAAGAAUUAGCUUGUAAAAGAGAUAGUUCAAAACAAUAUAAUCCUUAUUGUAUCUUGGAAACUAUAAUAAACAUGGCGAAUUCGACUGCUUUGAAUAAAAGACAUGUACACCAUAAUAUAACUCUGACCUCACUUGAUCCAACUAUUACGUCAGCUUCCGUGGAUCAACCAACUUUGCCAAGUUCAGAAACUGCUGUGGCUCCGCCAAUUUCGUCAACUGCGGUAAAUGAUGGGAACAAUAAGAAUAAUAGCAGUACACUUCCGAUUUCACAGGAAAACUUCCCUUCACAGGCUUCGCAGGACAGCCUUUCAUUAUUAAAAACAUUGGAAUUAUUACCUAAUUCACUUGUUUGUACAGAUUGUAAUAAGGCUAUGGUAUCAGUUGUAUUAAAAUACCUUAAUGAAAACCCAACAGCAUUAAAUGGAACUCAAAUACAACCAACAAUGAUACAACAAGGUUCUCAAGCUCUUGGAUUAAAAUGUGGUAGUUCAUUUUUGGAUGGUUCAACACCUAAUACAAUUUCUAGUUCUCCUAAAUUAUUAUAUUCUUAUAUCUAUAAUUACGUUGGAAUUUUCAUUAUAGAGAUAUUAUUACUUUUAUAAUAUCCUCUAUUCUUUAUACAAUAUAUUUAUGUCGACCAUAAUU